AGGAACGCGUUGAAACGGCAGUGAGUCAGUGUGGGAAGCCCAACCCACGGCCACUUCACCCGCGACGCACGGCGAGACGAGCACACACGCCGAACAGGUGGUCCAGUCCCACCUGAGGAGCACAACAUGAGGAUUUAUCCCGCUUUUGACAUGCACGGAUACAAUGUUGCCGUGGCUUACUGAUUUUUCCUGAAGAGUUCAACACUUCACGCGCUUCCCUGCGGAGUCUCUGGGAAUAUCGGGCGAAUAUGAAAGUGACAGUGUGUUUUGGAAGGACCCGGGUGGUCGUUCCCUGUGGGGAUGGGAAUAUCACAAUACACAGUCUCAUCCAGCAAGCGACAAUGAGAUAUAAAAAAGCCAUAGCCAAGGACCCAAGCUACUGGAUACAGGUGAAUCGGUUAGAGCAUGGAGACGGAGGCAUUUUGGACCUGGAUGACGUGCUGUGUGAUGUAGCCGAUGACAAAGACCGGCUGGUGGCGGUGUAUGAGGAGCAGGACCCCCAUCAUGGCGGUGACGGCACCAGUGCGAGCUCCACAGGCACCCAGAGUCCAGAGCUCUUCAGCACGAGUGAGCUCAACUCCAGCAACCUGUCGGCCUUCCAGCCCUACCAGACCAGCAGUGAGAUCGAGGUCACCCCAUCGACCCUCAGGACCAACAUGCCUUUGCAUGUACGCCGCAGCAGUGAUCCGGCUCUGGUUGGUCUGCCCGAAGCCCAGCUCCGGCCAGAGGAACCAUCUCGGAAGAACCCCACACGCUGGUCCACCACAGCAGGGUUUCUAAAAGCCAAUAACACCGGCGGAACCAACAGCCUAGAGAGAAAGGGUAAGGCUCUGGAAGCGUACCGCAACCUGCCUCGUAAUGUUGUCCCCUGGGCUAUCCAGUUUCAGAGGGAAAAUGCCCGUUCUUCCCUCAGUGCCAACCAUCCCAUGGUGGACCGAUGGCUUGAGCGUCAAGAACAGGAAGAAGAAGAAGAAGACGAGGAGAGAGCAGGCAACGGGAGGAACGGCAGGAUAGAGCCGGUGGGAAGGGCAGACUCCUGUGUGGAAUCAGCUUCACUCGAUGAAAUGUUGAAGCCGGUUGAGGUGUCCAAUGGCGGUGGGCCGCUAGGAAUCCACGUGGUGUCUUUCAGUGCCAGAGACAGAAGGACGCUGGGCUUGUUAGUGAAGAGGCUGGAGAGGGGCGGGAAGGCGGAGCGGGAUGCUCUGUUCCAGGAGAACGACUGUAUUGUCCGGAUUAAUAACGCAGACCUGCGCAACAUCCGAUUCGAACAGGCCCAGAAUUUGUUCAGACACGCUAUGCGUUCUCCACUCAUCCUGUUCCAUGUGGUUCCAGCGGUGAAGAAAGCCCAGUACGAGCUGCUGUCUCAGAACGAACUGGGUCUUCAGGCUGCUUCGGGCCCCGGGGACAGGGCCAGUCUGGUGGGAGGAGGUGUCGACUACAGCCCGCGGAGAAUGUCCAAAGCCGAAUCGACCCUGGGCUAUCCCACGUUACCGCACAUAGCAAACACAUCAAACAAGACCCCACCGGGCCCCAACCAGCCCUCCAGACCCACCAGUGCCGCCUCCUCUGUGGGCUACUCUAAAAAGACCGGCCGCAAGUUCAACGUCCAGUUGAGGAAAGGUCCAGAGGGGCUGGGUUUUAGCAUCACCUCCAGAGACGUCCCGAUUGGCACUUCCGCCCCCAUAUAUGUGAAGAACAUCCUCCCGCGUGGAGCCGCCAUCCAGGACGGCUAUCUGAAAGCUGGAGACCGGCUGCUCGAGGUUAAUGGAGUGGAUCUGAAUGGUAAGACUCAGGAGGAGGUUGUGGCUCUGUUGCGCUCGACUCCCAUGGGAGGCACUGUAGGUCUUCUCAUCGUCAGACAAGAGGACACUUUCCUGCCCCGCGAAGUGAAAGAACAAGAUGACUUAAUUUUGACCCCGGAUGGAAUGCAGGAGUUUUUGACGUUUGAGAUCCCUCUCAAUGACUCGGGAUCGGCCGGUUUAGGGGUCAGUGUCAAGGGCAAUAGAUCGAAAGAGAGCCACGCCGACCUGGGCAUUUUUGUCAAGUCUAUAAUCACUGGAGGAGCCGCCUGCAAGGAUGGGCGUCUGAGGGUCAAUGACCAGCUGAUAGCAGUUAAUGGAGAGUCUCUGCUGGAGAAAACCAAUCAGGAAGCGAUGGAGGCCCUCCGCAAGUCCAUGUCCAUCGAGGGCAACAAGAGAGGCAUGAUUCAGCUGAUCGUGGCCCGGCGGAUCGCAGGGAGGGGAGAGGAGGCUCCAGGUAGCCCGCCUGUGCCUCUGAAUUCUCCACGAGAUGAACAUGAGCGACGGAUCUCUCAGUCGCUGUAUCCCGGAGAGAGCCUGGAUGACAACCACACCCCACGACCCACCAUGAUGGGUAGAAUGAUGGGACACUACCAGCUGUCCCCCACUGUGAAUAUGCCCCAGGACGACACAGUCAUCAUUGAAGAUGAUAGGCCACCUGUUCUUCCUGCCCGCUUGUCGGACCAAUCAUCAUCCAGCUCCCACGAUGACAUGGGAUUGGUGACAGAAAUGCCAGGCUCCUGGCCCAAAGAUGUCCAGAUACAGGACGAAAGCACACUCUGUCCAGACGCAGAUAUGGAUGACAUGUUUCAGAGGGAAGUCUUCGGCCGGCAGAGCAUGUCAGAAAAGCGGACCAAACAGUACAGCGAUGCUGCUCAACUGGAGAUCGUCAAGAGUCACAAGUCGAAGAGUAUGGACCUAGUAGCCGACGAGUUUAACCUCACUCCCCGCACAGAGAGGACCGAAGGCAACUCCACACGAGAUGUGGGACCGUCGUUGGGUUUGAAGAAGUCGAGUUCCUUGGAGAGCCUCCAGAUGGCUGUUGCCGAGGCGACGCACAACGGAGACGUCUCGUUCCACAGGCCACGCCCCAGAAUCAUCAGGGGGCGGGGCUGCAAUGAGAGCUUCAGGGCGGCCAUCGACAAGUCUUACGACAAGCCUGGUGUGACCGUGGUCAACCCCGAUGAAGAUGACGAGGGCAUGGAUACACUGGAAGAAGAUACAGAGGAGAGUUCCCGAUCAGGCCGCGACUCCAUUUCCAGAGCCACAGAUCUCUCCCUCCCACCCUCCAACACAGAGAAACAGCUGAAUGGAGGACGCACCAAAGAUGACAAGAAGAAGGAGCGAGGAGGGAAGGACAAGAAAGACAAGCGCAAAGCCAAGAAAGGCGUGCUGAAGGGCCUGGGUGACAUGUUCAGGUUCGGCAAAAACCGCAAAGAUGAGAGGCAAGGGGACAAGAUGGAGCGGAAAGGGUCCAGCAGGAGCAAGAUGGAAGAAAGUCAGGCCACCGAGGAGGAGACGCAGAGAAUGAGGCUGGAGCAGGAGAGGAUUCAAGCGAAGACCAGGGAGCUCCGAGAGCGACAGGCCAGAGAAAGAGACUACGCUGAGAUCCAGGACAUCAGCCGAAACUUCAGCUCCGACGAGGAGCACACCUACGCCGGGAUCGGCUCUCUGGACUCGUCCCUGGACAGCAGUAUGGACCUGAGCCAUAACCCUGGUCCAGAGCGUUCUCAGAGCCCCCGAGACCAGGCCUUGCCCUUAGAGGCUCUUUACGCACAGGUCAACAAGCCCCGCAACGGACGCCCUCCAUCUGCAGACAGCAGCCGACUGGCACCCAGCAACCAUGACCGAAUAAAGUGUCUUCGGCAAGAGUUCCAGCAGGCCAAGCAGGAGGAGGAACCUGAUGACCGCCGUCGAUCCUACAGCUUUCAACAUCAACAGAGGGCCAACACGGGUUCUUAUACACCGACGGGGCGGCACUCGGUUUCUGUGGAGGACCAAAUGCAGAAACAGAGAGAGGACAGAGACUCUUUCACACAAGCCCAGAGGCAAUAUAACUCCUUACCGCGGUAA